AUGUUGUCGAAUGAUGGAGGUUUCAUCAGUAGGCUCAUCAUAUGGCUGCUAGUAGUAGUAGUAGCAGGAACUGCACAUGCAGCUCGUAUUCAUCUUCCAAAGAACACAUCAGUUGUAAAUGGAAGGCCAAGUCUCUUAAGCAAUGGCCUUGGUCUUACUCCACCCAUGGGGUGGAACAGCUGGAACCACUUUGGGUGUAAGAUUGAUGAGCGUUUGAUUAGAGCAACAGCUGAUGCAAUGGUGUCCAGCGGCCUAGCAGGCUUAGGGUAUAAGUACAUAAACAUUGAUGAUUGCUGGGGAGAACUCAACAGAGAUUCUCAGGGGCACUUGGUUCCCAAAGCUUCAACCUUUCCAUCAGGAAUUAAAGCACUCGCAAACUAUGUUCAUAGAAAGGGCCUGAAGCUUGGAAUCUACUCAGAUGCAGGAAUACAGACUUGUAGCAAGACCAUGCCAGGAUCGCUUGGCCAUGAAGAGCAGGAUGCGAAAACAUUUGCCUCCUGGGGUGUUGAUUACUUGAAAUAUGACAACUGUGAAAACACAGGGAUUGGCCCAAAGGAAAGGUUCCCUAAGAUGAGUAAGGCCCUACUAAACAGUGGAAGACGUAUAUUUUUCUCCCUAUGUGAAUGGGGACAAGAAGAUCCAGCAACUUGGGCCCCGAGUAUUGGAAACAGUUGGAGAACAACUGGUGAUAUUGAAGAUAACUGGAAUAGAAUGACAAAUAAUGCAGACCAAAAUGACAACUGGGCAUCACAUGCUCGUCCUGGUGCAUGGAAUGAUCCAGACAUGCUUGAAGUUGGUAAUGGAGGGAUGACCAAAGAGGAGUAUCGUUCUCACUUCAGCAUAUGGGCAUUAGUAAAAGCUCCUUUGCUGAUUGGAUGUGAUGUGCAAUCAAUAGAUCGGGCAACUUUUGAACUGCUAAGCAACAAGGAGGUUAUUGCUGUCAAUCAAGAUAAGCUAGGCAUUCAAGGGAGAAAGGUUAAGAAAUAUGGUGAUCUUGAGGUUUGGGCUGGACCAUUAGCUCAUAAGAGGGUAGCUGUUAUUCUAUGGAAUAGAGGAUCUUCACCAUCAAAUAUAACUGCAUAUUGGUCUGACAUAGGCCUUCAGCCAACAACUAUAGUGGAUGCUCGGGAUUUAUGGAGGCAUUCAACUCAGUCUGGUGUCAAAUAUCAACUUUCUGCUCAAGUUGAAUCUCAUGCAGUUAAUAUGUACAUCUUAACACCUCAUGCGUGAAAUUUCUUCCACCUGCGGACCAAGCCAAAUAGCUCAAGCAGAAGUCUUAUUGCAUGAUCAACAGGGAGAGGAAAAGAUUAUUCAAGAAGGAAAACAAAAAUUACGUGCAAAACAUGUCUGACAGUCCAUCAUGUUGUAUACUACCCAAUAUAGAAGUGAUGUAUUUGGACAUUAGUUUCAGAAAACACAAGUGAUAUUUGACUAGAUUCCUGCUGAUUAUUGAAAAUCAAGAAUCAUAACCGUACUACUCCCGAA